GGUACCCAUAUAAUUUUGAAAUGUUGGUCGAGUGCAUGCUUCCAACUGAACAAGUUUGACCUAUUUUCUAUUUGAAUACGACAGUUGUAAUGCUGAACGGUUUUUCCGUGGACACCGGUUCAAUACUCUAUUGGCACAAUGUCGCGUUGAAUGGUUCAUGUUUUGGGUCGACAAAAUAUUUCCUGUAUUUAGGCAUAAAAUAAUUCCGUGGGAGUAUGUACCUCAUUUAAUAUUACGGUUAGUGUUUUAAUGUCAUAGAACAAAAAUCUGGCACCACGCCAACAAGUUAUUAGCCCAGCACACAACAACAACAAAAAAAGAAGAUACACUUAUUUCUCUCCAGUGCCUGAAAAUACAGGACAAUUCGUCAUUGGUGCUGAAUAAAUGCUGCUGCUAUCUCUGAGUCAAAGCUACUUAUCAAGGCUGGCAAAAUGUCAAUUCUUUACAGUGUAGUAGCAAGAGGCACAACUGUGCUUGCCAAAUAUGCUGCAUGUGCUGGAAACUUUGCUGAAGUCACUGAGAAGAUCCUGGCAAAAAUUUCACCAGAGAACCAUAAACUGACUUAUUCACAUGAUGCAUACUUGUUUCAUUACAUAUGUGAAGAUAGAAUCAUAUACAUGUGUAUUACAGAUGAUGAAUUUGAAAGAAUAAGAGCAUUCCAGUUCCUAGCUGAGAUAAAGCAGAGAUUCCAGUUAACAUAUGGCGCAAGGGCAAGCACUGCCCUAGCAUAUGGAAUGAACAAUGAGUUCGCACCUGUCUUAGCAAAUGAGAUGAGACAUUAUUCAGAGUCGAAGGAGAUCGAUACUAUGUCUAGAGUCCGUGGUGAUUUAAAUGAUCUGAAAGAUAUUAUGGUAAAAAAUAUAGAAAAUGUUGCACGAAGAGGGGAAAGGCUGGAGCUUCUGGUGAACAAGACUGAAAAUCUCAGUGCAAAUUCGGUCACUUUUCGGAAAACUAGCAGAAAUCUUGCAAGGUCAAUGUUCUGGAAGAAUGUCAAACUCUAUGUUAUUAUAGGUGUAGUUAUUACGGUUCUGAUUUACUUCAUCGUAUCAAUGGCAUGUGGUGGUUUGGCAUGGCAGAACUGUGUGGGCAGUUAGAUGGAUCACGUUUGUGAGACAGUCAAACAGGAGAAUAAAAUGCAUAAUGAAGAUGUGGCAAAUCAUUAAAUUCUUGCCAUAUCAGACUGAAAAGUGAAAGAAUGAGAUGUUGAAGUGUUCCACACUAAAAGUUUUAUAGAUGUUUUCGUAUCACAUUGUAUAUUAAUAGCUUUCUGGUUUCUACCCGAUGAAAUUCAUUUUGUGACUGUUGUAAUAUAUGUCAUUAUCAGUAGUAAAUUCCAUAUUUGUUGUAUGCAAAAUUCCAGAGUAAGAGAAUGUGUAAAAGUAAUUAAAUUUUUGAAACUGGUCACUGCUCACAGUAUAGAUGAAGCCAUGAGCAAAAUGAAGAAAAAAAUAUGCUGUGUCAGAAGUGUCCACUUUAGAUUUUUGCAGUGUUCCUAAAAUUUUCGAGGGAGCAGUGGCGAAAGGCAUGAAUCCUUUUCAGUUAGUAUGUCAAGUAGAAGCCAGCUGCUAUCUUUAGAUGAAAGAAAAGAAUCAUAAAAUGUCUUUAAAGCUUUUCUGUCAAAGCGUGUUGUAACACUUAAAAUUUAAAACUUAAUCUAUGAAUUAUUUAGAUUUGUGUGGCUGCGGAUACUAGUAACACUUCAUCAACAAACUCUUUGACAAAGUGCAGCAUCAUUCUUUCUAUGUGGUUUCACCUUUAUUUAUAUAAGUUAAUUAUCAAUGGCAAGAGACCCGGGUUGUGUUGUGCUACGCAUACCACAUGAACCUGUUUGAAACAGUGUCAGAGAAAUUAUCUGUGUUAAUAUCUAUGGGUAAGAUUUGUGUAAAGAUCACACGUUUUCUAUAGAACAUAGGUUUUACCAUCUGGUUCUCUGGGAAGAACUAGUUAAUUUGGAACAACCAGAAACAGUCACAGGUUCUAGUGCAUUCUGUUUUUCACCAUGGUUUUGUCUGUGAGCUGAAUGGUGAUGCGUGUUUGCUAACUGUCAUGUGUCUUAACAGUUGUCAAAAGAAAAAUAUUUUAUUAGCAGUGAUCAGAUGUAAUAUUUGCUUACAACAUAGUUUGUUUUAUUAUAGCAGCUUGUUUUCAAUUUUUUGUUAGUAAAAGUAUGCUUUUAAAAGUG